AUGGCAGGAGCUAACUACAUGGGUGGGAAGAGGAACUUCGCGAGGGCGCGCGCAAAGGACGCUGCGGGAAAAGCACAGCGCAAUCACUUCGGAAAGCAGAGGCUCGGGGUGCUUACGAAGGGUCUCAGCAAGGCGCAUGCUGAGGUUCCCCAGUCGACCGACAGUGGUGUGAACGCGGUCGGCAAAAUAUCCCUUGCACACGCGAGACGCGACUUCCAGAAACGAUCCGGAGACGCACCUGUUUCUGACGAUGACGAUGCCCCUCUACUCCCACCACAACGUAUUUCUGGAACACCUCGCGCAACUCGGAGAGGGCCUGCGUCUGACAAUGCAUCGAGCGUCAGCAGCAAGAGCAGAAGCCAUACACGCUCCUCCAAGAUACUGAAGGCGCUGGAUGCAUUUGUCCCGAUCUCUCUCAGGGCGGAGAUGGAUCGUAUCCGCCACAUCCCUAACCUCGCUGGGUUGGCACCGAAACCGGAGCGUAGGCCACAUCUUGCGGAUUACGAGGAUGCAGAUGUAAUAACGUAUUCAUCGUCUCCCGAUGAUGCUGAACCUCCUCGGAAGAAGCGAAGAGUGUCGCCCAAUCCAGGCAGGGAACUAUCUAGCGACACUCUUAGGCGAUCUCAUAUACGGUCAAACAGCGGCACGUAUGUGGACGAGGUUAUGAGCGAUGAAGGGUCUGAUUUCACACCAUUAUAUGUGUCUGAAGGCUAUCCACCUCCGGCCGGUACGACAAAGCAUCAACCUGAGUUUGUCAACCAACUCGACUUCGAUGACCUCGCGCACACAGAGCCAGACUUUGAGCCUAUGCCUCUCGACAGUAGUCCGGCCAUGCCACGGAGCUUUGACGACUUCGGUUUCUCUGAGUUUCUCCCGAUACCAGGGCCUAGUCCUCACAAAGACGAGAAGACUUUGGCAAUCAUGAAGACGCACCAACGUUACCAGCCAGCGAGCUAUUCAGCUGCGGGCGACGAGUCCGAUGACGGUAUCGUCCAGGAAAGUAUCUAUGACGUCCUCCACGGCGAACUCUUCGAGGGCACGGAUCCGUGGCGUGCGCUCGACACCGUUCUGGGACUUCAGCCACAAGAACAUUCUUUCAAACCUCGGCGUUCUCCGCGCGAUCACAUUCCAGACGACCGUCAUGCUACAGAACGCAGCGCGCACUUCGAGCUCACGCCACUGACGUUGGGUCAACAUGGUCUGGACGAUCGCUCGGAGGCCGAUGAGUACGUCGGGAUGUUUGAUGCUGCAAGCCCACCCGCAGAACUCGAUCCUGCCCUCUCGCGGAGGAUCUUAGCCUCUCCUGGUGAUACCCACGAAAAUGGUGUGGAAGACAUCGAAUGUCAGCCCCAGGACGACGUCGUACCACAGAGCCUGAGGACAUUUUCACCAGUGGAUAUAUUUCUGCCAAUCAACCUGGCACGCGUUGAGCAGGCCGAGCACUCCCAGUCCAUGGACAUGGAUUCAGGGACUCGAUCCCCCUCCUAUAGGGAUUCAAACCUCUCGCAGGACCUGGUCCUUUCUGACAUCAUACGCAGUGGGAAAGUCGUCUCGACUCUGCAAUCACGCUCGCCGGAAGCUAGAGCUAUCGCUGAAUCGUCUGGGCCUGAAAUGCCAGUAGCCGUCGCUGACAACGCAACACUGAGGCCUGCAGCGCUGCCGCAGGAGGAUGUUGCGCCCGGUGCAGAUCCGGCCAGUAUCGAAGGACCAUGCCUCUUUGCAGAUGAGCUUCUGUCAGACGAGGAUUGA